CGGUUCUGGUUGUUCCAUUCCAUACGGCAAAUCAGUACGUACAAAGACUUCAGUGAUUUUAAACAAGCAGCAGAAUCAGUAUGCUCGGAGCAUGGAGGCUAGAUAAGAUGUUGGUACUUCAGGCUUGCAACACAAUCAAUCAAUAUGAACGGCAGAAAGGAGUAUGAACGUGCUUGCACUGGAAGCGUUUACUUGACUCUUUCAGGUGCAUACCACUGGCCAGACUAUAUACUUGCAACAUUGCACUUUGGUCGAUCACUUCUGAUCUUCCAAGAGAACCUCCUUCCACCCUUCAGUCGAUGCUUAUUUCCCCUUGCCAUUUCCCCUGCAUGAUGCGGGCAAUAGCAUUCCUAUGCCUCUAUGUGUGGCUCUGCUCCCGUGUGGCAGCGUCACUAGCCGUGGCCAGCAGCAAUGGCACGGCCGACGAGCUCAGCCUCCUAAACUUCAAGUCGGAGCUUUCGGACCCAUCCGGGGCUCUGGCCUCGUGGAGCAAGUCCAACCACCUUUGCCGCUGGCAAGGAGUUACCUGCGGCCGUCGACACCCCAAGAGGGUCCUCGCGCUGAACCUGAACUCCCUCGACCUGGCAGGAGGCGUCUCUCCGUUCUUGGGCAACCUCUCUUUCCUCAGGACACUCGACCUCGGCAACAACGGCCUUCGGGGACUCAUACCGCGAGAGCUUGGUCAGCUGAGCAGGCUGCAGGUGCUGAACCUCAGCCUGAAUGCACUCCAAGGAACCAUCCCGGCAGCUCUUGGAAGCUGCACCGACCUGAGGAAACUCAAUCUCAGGAAUAACCUCCUCCAAGGUGAGAUCCCUGCCUGGAUAGGCUCCUUGGGAAACCUAGAGUACCUCAACCUUUUCGUCAAUGGUUUGUCCGGAGAGAUUCCUCCGUCGAUCGCCAACUUGUCUUCACUCGAAACACUCAAUCUGGGUAAUAACACACUGUUUGGGUCCAUCCCUUCAUCUUUUGGCCGCUUGCCUCGCAUCACUUUGCUUUCUCUCCAAUUCAACAAUCUGUCUGGACAAAUUCCUCCUCUGAUUUGGAACAUCUCUUCCUUGAAAGGAUUAUCUUUGGUUGGCAACGCCCUUACUGGCAUGAUACCGCCAGGUGCAUUCGUGAACCUUCCUCUGCUCCAGUUAUUCUACAUGAGCUACAACCAGUUUCACGGCCAUGUCCCGGCUAUAUUGGCCAAUGCUUCCCAGCUGUCCAGACUUGAGCUCGGUUACAACCUCUUUAGCGGCACAGUCCCUCCAGAGGUUGGAAGCUUGCAAAACCUUGAAUCGUUGGCUCUCUCCAACAAUCUGCUAGAAGCUACAAAUCCAAGUGACUGGAGCUUCAUGUCCACCUUAUCAAAUUGUUCCCAAUUACAAUAUCUGGACUUGGGUUCAAACGAAUUAGGAGGGAUGCUUCCUUCGUCGGUCGCUAAUCUGUCAACUUCGCUGUUGUAUCUGUCCCUCUCCCGUAAUCGAAUUCUAGGGAACAUACCUGAAAACAUUGGUAGUCUUGUCCAGUUGGAGGUCCUUUCCCUGGAGAGGAAUUAUCUCACGGGAACUCUACCAUCUUCUUUGAGCAUCCUUACCAGCUUGGGAGAUCUGUCGGUGGGCAAGAACAACUUAAGUGGGAGUGUCCCAUUAACCAUCGGAAAUCUUACUCAGUUAAGUAACUUGUAUCUGGGAGCCAAUGCUUUUAGCGGUAGCAUACCAAGCUCUGUGGGGAACUUGACAUCCUUGCUAUAUAUUGAUUUCGCUAUCAAUAACUUCACAGGGAAAAUUCCUAGUAGUUUAUUCAACAUAACCACGCUCUCUCUAAGUUUAGAUCUCUCCUAUAACUAUUUGGAGGGGUCAAUACCACCUGAAAUCGGGAAUCUAAGAAAUCUUGUAGAAUUUCGUGCGGUGUCAAAUAGAUUAUCAGGUGAAAUCCCUCCUACCCUUGGUGACUGCCAGAUUCUGCAAAACAUCUAUCUAGAAAAUAAUUUCUUGGAAGGUAGUAUACCGUCAGUCUUGAGCAGAUUGAGGGGUUUACAAAACCUUGACCUCUCAAGCAACAAAUUAUCCGGCCAAAUACCAAAGUUUUUGGAGCAUCUCAGCACACUUCACUAUCUAAACCUCUCGUUCAAUAAUCUUGUUGGCGAAGUGCCAUUUAUUGGUGUCUUCGCAAAUGCUACUGCAAUUUCAAUGCAAGGUAAUGGUAAGCUUUGUGGUGGAAUCGAAGAUCUUCACUUGCCCCCAUGUUCCUUGGGCUCGUCAAGGAAGCACAAAUUUCCAGUGAAAACAAUCAUCAUUCCCCUAGUUGCAGUAUUAAGUGUCACUUUCUUGGUUUAUUUCCUUCUCACUUGGAACAAGCAGAGAUCGCAAGGGAACCCUUUGACAGCAUCCAUCCAAGGCCAUCCAUCAAUUUCUUACCUUACAUUGGUAAGAGCAACAAAUGGUUUCUCAACAACCAAUCUGUUGGGCAGUGGUAAUUUUGGCUCUGUAUAUAAAGGAAAUUUAUUAGAGGGAGAUACGGGUGACCUCGCAAAUAUUGUUGCUAUCAAAGUACUUAAACUCCAAACGCCUGGUGCGCUCAAAAGUUUCACAGCUGAAUGCGAAGCAAUCCGAAACACUCGACACCGAAAUCUUGUGAAGAUAAUUACAACUUGUUCGAGCAUUGAUUCUAAAGGGGACGACUUCAAAGCAAUUAUCUUUGAGUUCAUGCCUAAUGGAAGUUUAGAAGAUUGGUUAUAUCCUGCUCGAAAUGAGGAGAAGCACUUGGGUCUCUUUAAAAGAGUGAGCAUACUGCUAGAUGUGGGAUAUGCACUGGAUUAUCUUCAUUGCAAUGGGGCUGCACCCAUUGCUCACUGUGAUCUCAAGCCAAGCAAUGUGCUUUUGGAUAUUGAUUUGGUUGCCCAUGUUGGUGACUUUGGACUUGCUAGGAUUCUUGCCGAGGGAAGCUCUUCUUUCAAAACUUCCACGAGCUCAAUGGGAUUUAGAGGGACAAUUGGUUAUGCCGCUCCAGAGUAUGGUGCUGGAAACAUGAUCUCUAUACAAGGAGAUGUCUACAGUUAUGGAAUUCUCAUCUUAGAAAUGAUAACCGGGAAGAGACCAACGGAUAGCAUGUUCAGAGAAGGCCUAAAUCUCCACAGAUAUGUUGAAAUGGCUCUACAUGAUGGAUCAAUAGACGUUGUUGACAGUCGUCUUUUGCUUAGCAUACAGACGGAGCCGCUAGUCACAGCCACAGGUGACUCUUCGGCUUUUUCAGAAACUGAUGAUCCUUCCGACGAUAGAAGGAUUGAUUGCCUGACUUCACUUCUCAGAGUUGGAAUAUCUUGCUCCCAGGAAUUGCCCGUGAAUAGAAUGCCGAUCAGAGAUACCAUCAAAGAAUUGCAUGCUAUCAAAGUUUCCCUUGCGUAGAUGAAAAAGAUGUAGAUGAUCCAGCGCAAAAAAAAAAAGUUGUAGAUGAAGACAUGCUCACAUGCAACCCGUACUUGUGCACUUUAAGCACUUGUUUUGUGUAGUACCAUCUAUCUUUAAACUUCCUUGCAAUCUACUAGUUUCUUUCAAUACUUAUAUCUUUAUACUUUGAGUGAAUUCCAGUUUUUACCUUGUUUGCAAA